AUGCGGUCGCUGUCCGUGGUCCUGAACCCGCUGCUGGUCCUGCUGCUGUUCGGAUACUGCCCUUCAGUGACCAUCCGGCCAAAGGAGGGGUGGCAGGUGUACAGCUCGGCUCAGGAUGCAGACGGGCGCUGCAUCUGCACGGUGGUGGCACCCGAACAGAAUCUGUGCUCCAGAGAUGCCAAAGGCAGACAGCUCCGCCAGCUCCUGGAGAAGGUGCAGAACAUGUCGCAGUCAAUCGAGGUGCUGAACCUGCGGACGCAGAGGGACUUUCAGUACAUCAUGAGAAUGGAGAGCCAGAUCAAAGGGCUGCGGUCAAAGUUCCGACAGAUCGAAUCGGACAGGAAGACGCUCGUCAACAAAAACUUUCAGGAGCUAAAGGGAAAGAUGGAGUCCCUGCAGCCGCUCAUCCCUGUCCUGGAGCAAUACAAGACGGACGCCAAGCUCAUCUCCCAGUUCAAAGAGGAGAUCAGGAACCUGUCUGGCGUGUUGAUGGGCAUCCAGGAGGAAAUGGGAGCCUACGACUACGAGGAGCUGCAACAGAGGGUCUUAAACCUGGAAAAUCGGCUCCGCAACUGUAUGAAUAAACUCACAUGCGGCAAACUAAUGAAGAUCACUGGGCCGCUGACAGUGAAAACUUCGGGGACCAGAUUCGGAGCCUGGAUGACUGACCCGCAAGCGUCUCCCAAAAACAACAGGGUCUGGUACAUGGACAGCUACACCAACAACAAGAUAGUCAAAGAGUUUAAAUCCAUCGCUGAUUUUGUGGCCGGGGUCGAGUCCAGAACCUACAACCUGCCUUUCAAAUGGGCUGGCACCAACCACGUGGUGUACAACGGCUCCCUGUACUACAACAAGAUGCAGAGCAACAUCGUGGUGAGGUACAGCUUCGAGACGGGCCGCGUGGUCACCCAGAGGGCUCUGGAGUCGGCGGGCUUCCACAACGUGUACCCUUACACCUGGGGGGGCUUCUCCGACAUCGACCUGAUGGCGGACGAGCUGGGCCUGUGGGCCGUGUACGCGACCAACCAGAACGCCGGGAACAUCGUCGUCAGCCAGCUGAACCCGGACACGCUGCAGAUCCUCAACACGUGGAACACAGAAUACUCGAAGAGGAACGCCGGCGAGUCUUUUAUGAUCUGUGGGACGCUCUACAUCACUAACUCCCACCUGACCGGCGCCAAGGUGUACUACGCUUACUCCACGAAAACCUCCACGUACGAGUACACAGACAUUCCCUUCCAUAACCAGUACUUCCACAUGUCUAUGCUGGACUACAACGCCAGGGACCGCGCCCUCUACGGCUGGAACAAUGGCCACCAGGUGCUGUUUAAUGUCACACUUUUCCACAUCAUUAAAACUGAGGACGACGCUUAA